CCUCUCACAAAAAUUAACUCUGCGCCAGGUUUCAAAUUUUCCCUCAUUUUCUCCCCUUUUUUUCGACAAAUUGCGGCCAAAAAUCACACAGGAAAAAAAAAACACCGCAAGCGAUGGUGGAUACCGGCGAUUUCGCCGGCACAAUCUGUUCGAUCUGCUACGAAUCUCUAAACCCCAUCACCGAAGAUCUCCAAUCAGUCACCAUCUGCGGCCACGUCUUUCACGAGCUCUGCUUGCAGCAAUGGUUCGAGUACUGUGCGACGUCAAAGAAACGCACUUGUCCUGUUUGCAAGCAAGGUUGUAAGGUGAAAGAUGCGUGUCGGCUUUAUUUUCAAUCGAUUGGAGAUGUGAAGGAAGGUGGUCUUACUCAGAAGCAGAGAGGGGUUGAGGAAGAUGCUGGUGUUUUGCGAAAGGAGGUUAAGAGAUUGGAGGGGAAAGUUUCGGGGCUUAGUACUGUGUUGGAGAAUCAAACUAAGGAAUUGGGUGAGCUUAAAGAUGAGCUUUCUACUUGCAAGGAGCAGAAAAUGAUAGAAAUAGCAUCAAAGAAUGAAGCCUUGAGGCAAAACGCAUCCAUACAAGCCCAGUUUCGUGUGAAAUCAACGGAGCUUGAGAAAUCAAAUUUAGAGCGUUUUAGAUUGCAAGAGAGAAAUAUGGCUUUGGCUAAAGAACUUGCAGCAUUGAAAUUAGUGUCUGAUUUGGACCUUGGUGAAGACGAGGUUUUGAAGCUUGCCACUUUGGGUAAUGGGGCCAACAGUAAAGAAACAGUAGACACUUUGAAACGAUCUCUUGUUUUGCGGAACAGGAGUUACAAAGAGUUAAUGGAAAAGUGUAAUCUUCUUGGAAGAGGCGAGGCUCGAUAUAGUAAAAAGCUUGAGAAGGCUAAAGAGAAGAUCAAUAAAAUGAAGGCAAGGGUACAAGAACUGGCGACAGCGAUGGAAGUAAAAGAGAAUGAAUAUUUGAAGCUACUAAAAGUUGCCAAGAAUAUUGAAAGUAAAACCAAUUCUAAUUCAGAUGUAUUGAUGGCUAACAAGUUUUCUUCAAAAGAGCAGACAAAACAAAGUUCAACACCCAAGUCUGGAAUGGAUCUGAAUAAGGACGACAACAAUAAAUCUUUAAAAUCUUUGAAGAUAGAUAACUCCAAAGCUACAGAAAAUAAGGAUGUGGAUAAUGAUUGUAUCAUUAUCGAUGAAAAUGAAUACAAAGAUCAUAACAAGGCUGAUCUAGGAAAGCCAGAAACAGCACCUGUCUCAAAGACUAAAACAUCAUUGCAAGGAGUAUGUAAUUUGGACGAGCCUUCAAGAUUUGAUGUUGACAUAGAAAUGACUGACAUUACUGCUGAUAUUGCCACUAUGGAUGAGAAUGCGACAUUACAAGCCAAUGCUAAACAAGCUCAACCAAUAGUUAACAUUAGAAAGGAAACACCAUUGACAACUUCAAGUUCAGUGGACAUAUGCUUUUCUGGUGGAUUGCUUGGUCCUGAUGGAUCUCAACGAUUCUUGGGUAAAUGGUGCAAGCGUGGACAAAAUGGUGAAUCCACAAAAGGAAAUUUGAUAUCUGUAGGAGCUGAUGGUAGAGGUGGCACAGUCAAAGUUCUAAGGAAUCCAAGCCAAGCCUCCUUGGAUGGUAAGGAAAAUUCGGUAGCUUUAAAAAGGUUGAAGGUUGGACCUAAUAAAGCAAGUGGUAUGCAAUCCAGGGGGCGCCUGCAGAUUGAACACUUUUUUGGGAGAGUCAAUCAGUAAUUUCAUUGGUCUAUGUCUUUGGCCUUGUGAUGUCUUUGUUGCAUAGAGCAAAGGAAUGCAUCCAGUGUCAAGAAGGAAACCAAGUAGAAGAUUGUAUAUCAGUUUUUUGGUAUAGUGUUUGUCACAUUGGAUCCAAACCUUUUUUUUUGGGACAGUUUUCAUUAGUUUGGAUCAAAACAUUUUUUUUGGGACAGUUUUCAUUAGUUUGGAUCAAAACCUUUUUUUUGGGAGAGAGGAUGUUGAUCAAACUUGUUUCAAAACAGAGUGAACGAUUCCUUGGAUUCAGGAUAUGACCAAAUGGCAAAACUGGUUUUUGAUCUUUAACUUAAAAUCUGCAUGCAUUAAGGUUCUAUCUUCGACUAAAUUCUGGUUACCUUAAGGUAAAACACGUUGAUCCUAAAUAUGAUUUUAUUAGAUUAGAUGUCAUGUAAAUAAAAGGACACUACGCGAUGGAGUUCUUAGAUGUUUGUUUGUGUCUUCAUUGAGCCAUCCAGCGAACUCAUUUCUUUUAAUUCACGUAGGUUUAAACUUGAACUUUGCUAUGAUUACAUGCUGAUUAACAAUGGCCAACUAUCAUCUUUUGUUCAUGGCCAUCAUAGUUUACAAGUAGUAUUUUUUCUUUCCCUUGAAUCAGUGGUGGUGGUGGUUGGGCUGCAAUCUCUUCUGCUGGUUUAAGUUACUGUUUUUCAAUUUCUGUCUCCAAUCUUACCUCAUAUCUUUCUGUUUUCUUUAUAAAAUUACAUUUUGAUUUGUUCGUGCAAUCCUUUUUAUAUAUGCGUCAAAUAGAAAUUCAGCUUAGAGUUGACCUUACAUACAAGGUU